AGGCAGCAGCAGCGAAUUGCAUCGCAGGCAGCGUAACACGAGAGUCGCAUCAUCUUUUUUUUUGGUCCGUUGAAAAACAAAGAGUGUGGCUUUCGUCGUUUGAGAGAGAGAGAGAGAGCGAGAGAUGGCGUCGACGGUGGUGGCAGAGAAGAAACCUAAAACGAAGAUCGUGUGCACGCUGGGACCUGCAUCACGCUCCGUCCCUAUGGUCGAGAAGCUUCUGCGAGCAGGCAUGAACGUCGCUCGCUUCAACUUCUCCCACGGCUCCCACGAAUACCAUCAGGAAACCCUCGAUAAUCUCCGAGCCGCCAUGGAGAACACCGGUAUUCUCUGCGCCGUCAUGCUCGACACCAAGGGGCCUGAGAUUCGGACUGGGUUUCUCAAAUAUGGUAAGCCUAUCCCACUGAAACAAGGUCAGGAAAUAACCGUUUCCACUGACUAUAGCAUAAAGGGUGAUAACAAGAUGAUUUGUAUGAGCUACAAAAAGCUGGCUGAGGAUGUGAAGCCCGGGAGUGUCAUACUCUGCGCGGAUGGCACCAUAUCGUUUACAGUUUUAUCGUGUGACAAACAAGCAGGUUUGGUUCAAUGCCGAUGUGAGAACUCUGCUUUUCUUGGUGAGAGGAAGAAUGUUAACCUGCCUGGAGUGGUUGUGGAUCUCCCAACCUUGACAGACAAAGACAAGGAAGAUAUCUUGAACUGGGGAGUUCCCAAUAAGAUUGACAUGAUUGCUCUUUCUUUUGUUAGAAAAGGUUCUGACCUGGUGGAAGUCAGGAAAGUUCUGGGAAAACAUGCUAAGAGCAUUAUGCUCAUGUCUAAGGUUGAAAACCAAGAAGGGGUUGCAAAUUUUGAUGAAAUUCUUGCAAAUUCAGAUGCAUUUAUGGUGGCACGUGGUGACCUUGGAAUGGAAAUUCCAAUAGAGAAGAUAUUUCUCGCACAGAAAGUGAUGAUUUAUAAGUGCAAUAUCCAAGGAAAACCUGUUGUUACUGCAACCCAGAUGUUGGAGUCAAUGAUCAAAUCUCCCAGGCCAACAAGGGCUGAAGCUACUGAUGUUGCCAAUGCAGUUCUGGAUGGUACAGACUGUGUGAUGCUUAGUGGUGAAACAGCUGCUGGAGCUUAUCCAGAACUUGCUGUUCGAACAAUGGCUAAAAUAUGUGUUGAAGCUGAGAGCACCCUUGACUAUGGAGAUGUGUUUAAAAGGAUUAUGGAGCACUCACCAGUUCCAAUGAGCCCAUUGGAGAGUCUAGCUUCUUCUGCUGUAAGAACUGCCAACUCUGCUAAAGCGGCUCUUAUAUUGGUUUUAACUAGAGGAGGGAGUACUGCAAAAUUGGUGGCUAAGUACAGGCCAGGCAUGCCAAUUCUUUCUGUAGUUGUUCCUGAGCUCAAGACUGAUACCUUUGACUGGUCAUGCAGUGAUGAGGCUCCUGCGAGACACAGCCUGAUAUUCCGUGGGUUGGUUCCAAUAUUGAGUGCAGCUUCUGCUAGAGCUUCUCAUGAAGAAACAACGGAAGAAGCAAUAGAAUUUGCCACGCAACAUGCCAAGGCAAAGGGUCUCUGCCAUAAUGGGGAUUCUAUCGUCGCACUGCAUCGUGUGGGCACUGCAUCUGUCAUCAAGAUCUUGACUGUGAAAUGAUCAUCCAUUAAAAGGGGGUUCUUCUGCUGCUUUUGGCAAUUUUUUUGGAUGGUGCAAUAGAGGUCUCAUCAUACGAUUUAAAAGCUACAUUGGAUGCAAACUUCAAUUGGAAGCAUUUAUUUGGCAUGAGUACCCUGUUUUACACUUAACAUAUGUUACUGUUUCUUUUUUACAUUUGCCUUGUCAUUGUGGCGAGUGGCCACCUGUUUUCAUUUUUAAGAUUUUGUAUGAGGCUUUUGGUAAACCGAAAAACUAGCCGACAUCUGGAUUUUAAUUAUUUACGGUCGAAAGUUGUUUUAAUCUA